AUGGAACUGCCCUCUAUCGGAAAGCACUGCUCAGACACAACGUGCUCCCAGCUCGACUUUCUCCCCUUCACCUGCCAAUACUGCAAACAGAUCUACUGCCAGGACCACUGGAGACUAGAAGGCCACCAAUGCCCCAACAAAGAAGCAGCAACUCAACAGGACCAACGAGUCCCCAUCUGCCCCCUCUGCGACAAACCCGUCCCCGUGAAACGAGGCGAAAACCCAAACCUCCGCAUGGAACAACAUAUCGCCGCCGGUUGCCCCGAACCUGCCACCACCACCUCAAAACCAAUCUAUACAAACUCAUGUAACGCCAAGGGGUGCAAGAAUCGGUCGGCCAUUCCGAUUGUCUGUCAGAGUUGUCGGUUGAAUUAUUGUCUUAAGCAUCGAUUGGAGACUGAUCAUGCUUGCAGUCCGUCUGGGCGACCUUCAGGAAACGGGAACGGGAAUGGGGCUGCCAAGAAACCAAACGGAACUGCGUCAAACGGGAACAACAAUAACAACAACAGUAACAACAACAACAAUAAUUGGUCGUUGAAGGCGGCGAAUGCGGCAAGGAACGCAAGAGCAGCGGCGGCAGCACAACAGAGAGCAAACAACAACAACAGUAACACACAAUCGCAGUCUAGACAAUCCUCGUCUGCGGGGAAGAAGGACAAGGACAAGUGCAUCAUCUCAUAG